AUGAAUCUGCCGGACAGCACCAUAGCCAACACGACGCACGCUCAGAAUGUCUGUCAUGCCUGCAUGUUGCGGAAAAAGGCAUGCGACAAAGCCUUGCCUGCGUGUGGUUUCUGCACCAGCCGCCAGCUGCGCUGCAGAUACGAUAUCUCGGCGCCCAAGAGUAAAGGCCAGCGGACGUAUAACCCAGGCAGACACUUUGUGGCCCUUCAAUCCCCGUCUCCUCCGAAUGUCUCUACACAGGCUAAGGCUGUGACGCGACAGCUGCCGUCCCCCGAGAGCCUACAAGAUCAUACUCCUAUCUCCGCCUCUAGCCUCUACGUCUUCCCGCAGCUGGUAGAAGAAUCACUCAACCAGCUAGCCCGACGCUUGACCGAGCUUACCAAGCUCACGUACGACAACAUCGUCGACCGCUACUUUCAAUCGCUUCAUAAAUCAUUCCCUGUAAUAUCGCCCGACUCGUUCCGCCGAGAAGCGUCACGGUAUCGAGACAAAAGCCAUCUUCCCCCCGCAGAUUUCACAGUCCUCCUUCUCGCCAUGCUACUGGUUGUGCUUCCCCCCCUUGACCCUUCUUCAUUACCGCCCUGUGCAAGCCAAGAGUUCUUCUACACGACUACCAAGUCGGCCUUCGCUCAAGCGCAGGCCUCUCUCUGCACGUCUCUGCGACUCGUCCAAGCGGCGUUCCUCAUCGCACUACGCGAAUACAUGUGCCUCCGCCUAGAGACCGCGUACAUCUCUGCGAUGACUUGUGCGGGUAUGGCACGGGUUCUGGGGAUCGGAAUCACGUCGAUAAGAACGACUCGAGACGCACAGAUAGCAAGCACCUCCCGACCGGAGAUGCUAGAGCGGGAGAAUCUCGCAUGGGCGAUUGCGAUGCUCGAGAGGCUCAUACUAUGCGAGCUGGGCCGCAGCGAUCUCCAACCUCAAACCGAAUACCCAGGCCCCAACUGCCAGCUUCCCUCCGACCUAAAACCUGCCGCGAGCCUCGACCCAUCGCCGGGGGGGCCCCCAACCGCGCCCGCGGUGAAUCAAGUCACGUUAUCGAGUCUCAACGCCGCGAACGCGGGCCAGUUCGGCCGGCAAGCCCAGUCCGUCUCCCUGCUCGACCGCCUCCUGCGCGCCACGCGCCUUACCACCACUACCACCACCACCACCAUCACAACCACGGCGACCAAGCUCGCGGCGCUCGCGGCGCUCGACGCCCAGGUGCGCGGCUUCCUCGCCGUGGUCGUCGGCGAGCUGGAGUGGCGGCACACGCUCAGCUGCGUGCCCGUGGCGCUGUGUGUCCGGCAGCUUUUCCUUCUGCAUGAGGCAGUUCUCGACAUGCUUCAGCAUCCCAACAGUGAGACGGACCACCGGAAAAGGGAUAUCGCGUGGGUGGGGCUCGACACGGCGUGCCGGAUGAUGCUGGAUGUGGUGCAGUGGCACGAUGAGGAAACGAUGCCGAUUAUGCCGAAUUGCUGCUUUUAUAACCUCAGGGCCGCGCGGAGGUGCUUGCAGGUGCGGGGUGGGGGGGAGGCGGCGGCGCGAGAUGUGGGGAGGCUGGUGGAUGCGGAGGAGAGGUAUCGGAGGAUGUGGGUGUUUUAG